CAGAAUUUAAAUUACAGUCAAUAUUAGGAAAUAUAACAUUUUAGCUAAGAAAAAAACAAACAUUUUUAAGAUUUCUACAUCUUGAAGCUCUCUUUUGAAGUUAGUAAAAUUAAAUGAGUAUAUUCGAAAAUGAAGCUCCUUCAGGUGAUGUAACAAAUGAUCACAAUAAGACCAGGACAUAUGUUGAAUCACAUGAAGAAACAGUUAUCAGUUUAUCAGUAUCAAAUAACUCGAAUGAUAAAAAUUCUCAACCAACUAGUUCAAAUUCUCACACCGACCAUAGUUCGAACUAUUUCCACAAUGGACCAUCUUCAGCUGCUAAUCCUGUAAAGCCUACUACUACAACCACCACUAUCAAUAUUCAAUUAAGUAUUGUUACCAAGUCAAGUUCGCCUAAACCAUUUAAAUAUACAUUGAAGCUUAUUCCACAAUCACAAACAACAAAUUCAACUUAUGUCGAAGGAGUAUAUGAAAUUAUUAAUGAUGAGAAUAAAUCAUCCGCUGAAAUAGCAAAUGUAAAACAAUCAUCAUCUUCAAAUCAAUGCUCAAGUGAAGUAGAUGAAAAUUAUUUACAUCUUGCAAAAGAAACUUGUAAUCAUCUGGUUAACGAAGAAUCGAAUCGAACUUUGAACAUUGAAUCUCUUCCUUUGUUGUCACAUUCUUUGAGAACUCAAACAAAAGUAGAUGAAAACUAUUUACUUCUUGCUAAAGAAACUUGUGAUCAUUUGGAUAAUGAAGAGUCGAAUCGAAGUUUGAACAUUGAAUCUCUUUCUCCGCCAUCAGAUUCUUUGAGAACUCAAACAAAGAUGGAAUAGUUCUUCAGAAUUGACGUACAAUGUAUAUGAUAUGAGUCAUUUGAAGAUAAAAUGCUUUGUCUUAAAUAGACAGAAGAACCAAAACACUAACAUGUCAAAUAUGAUCGAUCAAUGAAUCUACCAGUAACAUUGUACAAUUCCCGUUGCUUUAACUUGAUCUAACCUUGACGCUGAAUCUAUUAGACUGAACAUAAACUUGUACAUUGCUUAUAAACAAGAUUAAGCGUCAUUGAUUCAGUCAAAUGUGAUUUAAUUACUGUCCGGUGUUAUGCCUUUUUUUCCGUUUAACAGAUUGUAUAGAAUUGUUUUUUUAUUAUCGCACUAAAUGUAUUUAUUUUUGUUUAUGAAAAUAGAAUAAAGUGCUACAAGCCAGUGA